UGGGCCACAGCUCAUUAGCGGGCCACACCUCGUUAGCGGGGCCCCCCUCCUCGUUAGCGGGGCCGUUCGUUAGCGCUCCCCUUAACGACGGGCGGCCCAGCUUCGCCAACGGUCGCAGCACGGGGCUGGUCCUGGACAGCGGGGCCACCCACACCACGGCCAUCCCCGUCCACGACGGCUACAUCCUCCAGCAAGGCAUCGUCAAGUCGCCCUUGGCCGGGGACUUCAUCUCCAUGCAGUGCCGGGAGCUCUUCCAGGAGAUGAACAUCGACAUCGUGCCCCCCUACAUGAUCGCCGCCAAGGUAGGAGGGAGGGGGGCGUGGCCUCCUCUGACCACGCCCCCUUCUCGCUUAACUUCAUUCCCAACUCCUUUGCCUUCUCGCUUGAGUGGGACGGGAGGGAUGGCGAAUUGGAGUUGUGGUCACUCCAUAACUGCGGGUCCUCCCCACUGGCUGCAGUUCUCCAUCUGCUCCAGCGUCAAUCCUUUCCACAGGGGCACCUUCCAGCAGAUGUGGAUCUCCAAGCAGGAGUACGAGGAGGGGGGGAAGCAGUGCGUGGAGCGCAAGUGUCCCUGA